AUGCCUAUACCGGAUGAAAUUCCGGCGCAACAGGAGGGUAUUGGUCAGGCCAAUAUGGCCGAGCCAUUGAACCAACUGGUUGUUCUUGACCUUUCUUCUAAUCAACUUUCUGGGGAAAUACCGGUACAACUUGGAAAUUUAACUGAAUCAAGCUACUUAAGCUUAAACGCUAACAAACUUUCCGGUCAAAUACCUUCACAAAUUGGAGCAUUGUCCAAUUUGGGAUAUCAAGAUCUAUCACUGAACAUGCUAAGUGGUCCAAUUCCAAAUCAAAUUGGGAAUUGCAUAAAACUACAGUUCAUGAGUUUGAGCAAGAAUGGCUUGAAUGGUUCAAUCCCAGACCAGAUUGGUUAUCUUGUAGCCUUACAAACUUUGCUUGAUUUGAGUUACAAUUCACUCACUGGAGAGAUAUUGUCUGAGUUUGGAAAGCUUGUAAAUCUUGAAAAUUUGAAUCUCUCCCACAACAAUCUCUCUGGUUCCAUACCCAAUUCUGUAGUUGACAUGGUUAGCUUGUUGUCCAUUAACUUGUCUUACAACGAUCUUGAGGGUCCUCUUCCUAAUACCAAGGCCUUUCAUUCUUCUCUGAAAUAUUUUGCUAAUAACAAAGAUUUAUGUGGUGAAAUCCAAGGAUUGAGGUCAUGUAACACAUCAUCAUCUCCCAAAAAUACUAGCCAUAAAAGUGAACACACUCGUAUGGUCAUAAUUGUCAUCACCUCUUCCAUUUUGUUACUAUUUCUCGUAUUCGUGGUUGUUGGGAUCAUUGCACUUUACCGCAGUGGACACCAAGUGAGUGUGCAAAAAUACCAGUCCCAAUCAAAUAACGAAAACCUCUUUUCAAUUUGGAAUUUUGAUGGGAGAAUUGUGUAUGAGGACAUCAUCAAUGCCACAGAAGAUUUCAAUGAGUAUUGCAUUGGGGUAGGAUGGUCAGCAAGAGUUUUCAAUGCUAAGCUACCAAGCGGCCAAGUUGUUGCGGUGAAAAAGCUGAGCGCCACAACCGAAACAAUGGAGAUUGAGGAUUGCAAGAGCUUCACGAAUGAGAUAGCCACGUUAACAGAAAUAAGGCACCGAAACAUUGUGAAACUCUAUGGCUAUUGCUCUCAUGAAAGGCACACAUUUUUGGUUUAUGAGUCCAUGAAAAGAGGAAGCUUGGCAAAUGUGUUGAGCAGUGAUAAGGAAGCAAAGGAGUUGGAUUGGUUCAAGAGGGUGGAAGUUAUUAGAAGUGUAGCUCAUGCUUUGUGUUACAUACAUCAUAGUUGCAUGCCUCCAAUAAUUCAUCGUGACAUAUCGAGCAAGAAUGUUUUGUUGAACUUGGAACUUGAGGCUCAUGUCUCGGAUUUUUGCACAGCAAGGUUUUUGAAGCUUAAUUCCUCACAUUGGACCACGGUUGUAGGUAAGAUGGAUAGGGAGCUUAAUGUUGUGUUUGAUUGGAGGAUUUUCAAAGCGAUUUGA